CGAAAAGUGAAUCCUUUGCCCAAAGCAUUAUCUUGCAACCAUACAUCAACAAACUUUGUCGCAGCAGCGUCUGAAAUAACUCCUUGUCCGUCUGUGGGCUUUUCGCCAAAAUGGCCAACUAUCUAGCUUCCAUCUUCGGUACAGAGCAAGACAAGGUCAACUGCUCGUUCUACUACAAGAUUGGUGCAUGCAGACACGGCGAUCGCUGCUCAAGAAAACAUGUCAAGCCCUCGUACUCGCAGACGAUCCUCCUGCCGAACCUGUAUCAGAAUCCUGCCUAUCAGCCAAAUAACAAGAUGAACGCUUCCCAACUGCAGAACCACUUCGACGCUUUCUACGAAGAUUUUUGGUGUGAGAUGUGCAAGUAUGGGCAGAUCGAGGAGGUCGUCGUAUGUGACAAUAACAAUGACCAUCUCAUUGGAAACGUGUAUGCGCGAUUUAAGUACGAGGACGAUGCCCAGAAAGCCUGCGAUGCGCUUAACUCACGCUGGUACGCGGGCCGGCCUAUCUAUUGCGAACUGUCCCCCGUUACCGACUUCCGCGAGGCGUGCUGCCGUCUUAACAGCGGUGAGGGAUGCGUCCGUGGAGGCUUCUGCAACUUUAUACACCGCAAACAACCGUCUCCUGAACUGGAACGCGAACUGGACAUGAGCACGAGGAAGUGGCUGAAGAUGAGGGGUAGGGAUGAGAGGAGCGUGAGCCGGAGCCCGAGCCCCGAGCCGACGAGAAAGAGGUACUAGUUUUUGAUCUUCACAAACCGAAUGAUACCCGUCCCGUCUUCAUGGGCAAUUUCUUACUCCCCUUCGUCCUUGUUAUGGCUCGUCCUGAGCGCCUGCCUGACCCAUCCCGACGGAACUGGGUAGUGAAGAUUCCUUCUCACGUUUUCCAAACGAGGCAACCAAUAUCAGCCGUGAAAACACAAAAAUGGAGGAUAUAGACGAUGCGGAGCUUGUGGGCACCCAAUCAUUUGGGCAGGAUGGCUGACACGUCUACCCCCACUGCCCGCUAGACAGAAUCACAGGCAUCUAGCGCUUAUGUUUGAUUAAGAGUCUGCAAAUGACAAUUAGCACAAUAAGCGCUGUGACUCAUGAUAUAGAGGGGUCAGCAGUCAGUCCAGAUGUCAUAAAUCUUAAUUUCAUAUGGGGAGACUGAGACAAUAUUGUGGCGAAUUUGAAAAUGGCGUGCGGUGUUCUUGAGGCGGAAUCGAGGGCUAUUCUGUGCAGGACAGAUGCAAGGAAUUGAAUUCAGCCUGCCGAUGUACUUAUACGUAACAAGCAGUGUCCUCGGGACGCGUCAGGAAACCAUGUAUAUGGAAUGCGUCCGCUCGACGAUACAUACUACAGCUGAGUUUGGUCGUCGCAACGUAUAUACCAAUAUGAUACAGUGUACUUUUACUUUUUUCUGUUUAACAUUCCAAAACGUAUCGC